UUCAGCCUUUCUGAACAUUGCGUUGAACUAUUAAAUUAUCUGUUCUCAACCCCCUCUGUGCCUUAGGGAGACCAUCCAUUGGCCUGCCCAGUCAGCUUGAUAGAUCUCUUGGACGGGUGAAACCAUUUCCCCUACCACACUUCACAAAAUGAAUGUUUAAAAUGGCUCUCAUAGUGAAGCAUGACAUGUCUGAAGCGUGGUUGAGACUACAAUGUAUAAUGUCAAAUGUUAACAUGGCGAUGCAAACGGUCAGGCUUCCGGAUGCGUCGCUGUCGCUGGUACAACCCUAUGGAUAGGCAACAUAUCUGAUAAAACGUCUCAAGGCUAUGAAAUGCCCAUUGCAACCGGAGGAGACGCAGCGAGCUUGCCUGUACUGCCUUGCUUCCUUGUGUUCUCUGCUAGGCAGUCGAUACGAGCACGAUGUCAAUACCCAUUCAGCGAAGAAUCCAGAUACUGACGGGACUCGCCGUGGUUGUCUGGGUACUUAUUAUAAUCCUUUCACCAAGAGUGGACUCGUCUGGAGCAAGUUUAUCAAUCUCGCGGCACUUUAGAGGACAAAAGAAGCCACGAUACCGGCGUGAUGUCGCCGUUGCGACUUAUUUCUCCGGCGAAACAGCGACCAGCAACGAUAUCCAAGAGGAUAACUACUUCAUUGCCACUCGAACCUUGACAUACCAGCUUCGACACUCGCCUCAGACACGACUGGAUCCAUCGAUCGCAUUCAUCAUUCUCGUCACGCCCGACGUGAGCCAAAGGAAACGUAACCAGCUUGUCCGAGAGGGCGCCAUCGUGAUCGAGGUUGACAAGGUGGAAACCAAUCUGACCGUCGGCGAACCUCGCUGGCGAGGGUGCUGGACAAAACUCCGGCUCUUCGACCCGGAAAUCCUCCCCUUCGAGAGAGUCCUUUUCAUGGACAGUGACACGGUCCUUACGCGGUCCGUUGACGGGGUCUUCAAUGACCCAGCUGCCAAGCUCCACCGCACGUUGAAUCUGACCGGCCAGAGUCAAGAAGAUGAAGCAGCCCUACCGGGCAAGUAUCUCUUCGCAGGAAAGCCCGAAGCCGGCACGUACAGCCAUUCAUACCCGCCGGACAUGUCGGGCGACUAUCUCAACGCCGGGUUCUUCGUGUACUCGCCCUCCCAUGCCAUCCUGCAGCACUACCUGUCUCUUCUCGAGUUGCAGGGAAGGUUCAGCCCGGACAUGCCGGAGCAGAAUCUGCUCAACUACGCGCACCGCCGGGAUGGGAAUAUGCCCUGGCAGAAGCUGCACUACAGCUGGAACAUGAACUUUGUCACGCCUGAGGAUCUGCGCAACCAGCCUGCCUCGUUGCACGUCAAGUACUGGGACAAGAGCCUGCAGCAGGAGGUCAUCGACUAUGCGUUGCGUUGUAGAUGGGAGAUGGAGGGCUUCUGGAUUGGAGUGAAUCAAAGGGCGAAGAAGAUUGAUCUUUUUAAUCAUUGAUAUAGC